CACCUUGUUUAUCUCUUUGUGAAUUGAAAUCUUCCUUGAAUAUUAAUGUAAAUUAUCUAGAUGGCAACGUCCAAUUUUCCUCACAAUAAAAAGAGGACGUUAUAUGUAGGAGGUUUUGGUGAAGAAGUGAAUGAAAAGGUGCUUAUGGCGGCUUUCAUCACAUUCGGCGAUAUCGUUGCUAUAUCUAUUCCAAUGGACUACGAAUCAGGGAAGCACCGAGGGUUUGGCUUUGUCGAAUUUGAACUCCCUGAAGACGCGGCUGCAGCUAUCGACAACAUGAAUGAAAGCGAGCUUUUUGGUAGGACGAUCAGAUGCAACUUUGCCAGGCCGCCAAAGGCAACUGAGCGAUCAUCUCGUCCGGUUUGGGCAGAUGAUGAAUGGCUCAAGCGGUAUGGAAAAGGAAGUGGUAUAGCAGAUGCGAAAGACAGCGAUGAUGCGGCAUCAACAGCUAAAGGACUGCCUAGAGUAUAUCUGGGUGUAAAAAUUGGAAUAAGAUACAUUGGACGAAUAGUAAUUGAGUUACGUAGUGACGUUGUGCCACGAACAGCAGAGAAUUUCCGUUGCUUGUGUACCGGUGAAAAAGGAUUCGGAUAUGAAGGUUCAUCGUUUCACCGAAUCAUCCCGAAAUUCAUGCUGCAGGGCGGUGACUUUACAAAAGGCGACGGAACUGGCGGAAAAUCAAUUUAUGGACCAAAGUUCGAGGAUGAAAACUUCAAGUUGAAACACGUCAUGCCUGGUACGGUAUCCAUGGCAAACUGCGGUCCAAACACGAACGGCUCGCAGUUUUUCAUUUGCACGGAGAAAACGGAUUGGUUGGAUGGGAAACAUGUAGUAUUUGGUCAUGUAGUUGAAGGCAUGAACGUGGUUCGACAAGUAGAGCAGCAGGGUACGCCAUCAGGAAAACCACAAAUGGUAGUGAAAAUAGUAGAAUGUGGUGAGUUGGAACCAGCGCCAGUUGCCGCUGUUGAUAAUGACAAUGAUAAUGACAUUGGAAGUGUGGACCCAAGCCACAUGGAAGUUGAAAACCCGCCGGAGAAAGAAGCUUCUGCAUAGUUCGAAUUUGUACAGAACCGGUCAGGGAUGUUUCGGAUCUUGCACGUGUAUUAUGUACUUUUUUGCUUGUUUGAUUUUGUUAUCGAUAACGUUGUUACUUCAUGUAUAUGUAAUAAACAGAUCUCAGUCAAA